GCGCACCCUCAGUCGCCGCUCGAGCCCAGUGUGCAGCUCAUCCCUGCUCCGCUCCACUGCUCGCACGGUUCCUGUCAAAGUCAGGCCGACAGCAGCGGCCGGGGGCCGGCAGAGAGAGGGAUACAGGGACAGGGGCGCACCGAGCCAACAACGAUGAAACCCGUCGGCUAAACACCAACGGAGCCCGGAUGUUACACAAUGAUGCUGGAUAAAAAAACGGAGGGAAACGAAAUAGCGGCCGCUGUUUGACUAUCAUGGGGGUCUGGGGAAGAAAAGCCGCCUCGUCAUUUCAUUUUUAGUAAAUUUAUUUUUCGAUGCAAUACGAAAGUGGCGAGAAUGUAUGAAUUAAAGGAGCCCUACGAAGGAGUAAAUUAUGCCAGCAACAGACUCCCUCUAUCUAGCGACGGACGGGGUUUCCAGUCAAACUCCGAAUUACCCAGGCCAGCAGCACUAUCCUGGCAAGCUGCUAUUGACGCGGCUAGGCAAGCUAAAGCUGCCGCAACCAUGAACUCGACCACGGAAUCCAACAGUGCAGCAGCCCAAAGAAAACGCCAGCAAUUCGCCAAGAGCAAGAAGCAGCAGGGCAGUACUGUGAAUAACAGGCCAGCCCGUGCCCUAUUCUGUUUAAAUCUCAACAACCCCAUAAGAAGAGCAUGUAUUAGUAUUGUAGAAUGGAAGCCAUUUGAUAUCUUUAUAUUGAUUGCUAUUUUUGCCAAUUGUGUGGCCUUAGCUGUUUACAUACCUUUCCCAGAAGAUGACUCAAACUCAACUAAUCAUGACCUGGAAACAGUGGAAUAUGCCUUCCUUAUAAUUUUUACAAUUGAAACAUUUUUGAAGAUUAUUGCAUAUGGACUGCUGUUACACCCCAAUGCUUAUGUAAGAAAUGGAUGGAACUUGAUGGAUUUUGUAAUAGUAAUUGUGGGCUUGUUUAGUGUUGUUUUGGAACAACUAACCAAAGCAGAAAAUGUGGAUGGACAUACAACUUCCACUGGCAAACAUUCAGGUGGUUUUGAUGUCAAAGCCCUUCGAGCCUUUCGUGUGUUGAGACCUCUAAGACUUGUAUCUGGAGUACCGAGUUUACAAGUUGUCUUGAAUUCCAUCAUCAAAGCCAUGGUUCCUCUUCUACAUAUUGCUCUACUGGUAUUAUUCGUAAUCAUCAUUUAUGCUAUCAUAGGACUGGAGCUCUUUAUCGGAAAAAUGCACAAAACAUGUUACUUCAGCAACACAAAUGUGAUAGCAGAAGAUGAACCAGCACCUUGUGCAUUCUCAGGGAAUGGUCGCCAAUGCUCCAUGAAUGGUACAGAAUGCAGGGGUGGGUGGCCGGGUCCAAAUGGAGGCAUCACAAAUUUCGACAACUUUGCUUUUGCAAUGCUAACUGUUUUUCAGUGUAUAACCAUGGAAGGAUGGACUGAUGUCCUUUAUUGGAUGAAUGAUGCCAUGGGAUAUGAAUUACCUUGGGUCUAUUUUGUCAGUCUCGUCAUCUUUGGAUCUUUUUUCGUUCUUAAUCUUGUACUUGGUGUAUUGAGCGGUGAAUUUUCUAAGGAAAGGGAAAAGGCUAAGGCCAGAGGAGACUUUCAGAAACUUCGUGAGAAGCAGCAACUUGAAGAGGAUCUUAAGGGAUAUCUGGAUUGGAUCACUCAGGCAGAAGACAUUGAUCCUGAGAAUGAGGAAGACAUUGAGAGUGCGGAGAGACGAAAUCCAAAUAUGCCUAUUGGCGAAACUGAAUCUGAUAACACAGACAAUGCUGGCAGUGGAGAGGGUGACAAUGCAACAUGCUGUGGAUCAUUAUGUAUUCGAAUUUCUAAGUCAAAGUUCAGCCGACGCUGGCGUCGUUGGAACCGUUGUUGGAGACGAAAAUGUCGAGCUGGUGUAAAGUCUGUUACUUUCUACUGGCUAGUUAUUAUCCUUGUUUUUCUCAAUACAUUAACCAUUUCAUCAGAGCAUUAUAAUCAGCCUCCUUGGCUAACAUUUACUCAAGACAUUGCAAAUAAAGUCCUACUGGCUCUCUUCACAUGCGAGAUGUUAGUGAAAAUGUAUAGCCUGGGUCUGCAGGCAUACUUUGUUUCUCUCUUUAAUCGCUUUGAUUGCUUUGUGGUGUGUGGAGGAAUCAUUGAAACCAUCCUGGUUGAAUUGGAAAUUAUGUCUCCUUUGGGAAUCUCAGUAUUUAGAUGUGUUCGGCUUCUAAGAAUAUUCAAAGUGACAAGGCACUGGCAAUCAUUGAGUAACCUGGUGGCCUCGUUAUUGAACUCAAUGCGAUCCAUUGCUUCCCUGCUGCUUCUGCUUUUCUUAUUUAUUAUUAUCUUUUCACUGCUGGGAAUGCAACUUUUUGGUGGCAAAUUUAACUUUGAUGAAACGCAAACAAAACGGAGUACCUUUGAUAACUUUCCACAAGCUCUUCUCACUGUAUUUCAGAUUUUAACUGGUGAAGAUUGGAAUAUGGUGAUGUAUGAUGGAAUUAUGGCAUACGGCGGACCAUCCUCUUCAGGGAUGAUAGUUUGUAUAUACUUCAUCAUUCUGUUCAUAUGUGGUAACUACAUCUUGCUGAAUGUCUUUUUGGCCAUUGCUGUUGAUAAUUUAGCUGAUGCUGAAAGCUUAAAUACCGUGCAAAAAGAAACUGAGGAAGAAAAAGAAAGGAAAAGAAAUGCCAGAACUGCCAAUUCAGAACAAAGAAUGGAUGGAAAAUAUGAACUUGAUGGAAUAGGUGAAAACAAUGACAGGAAAAUGCUUACUGGCACUCAGAUUUCAAUUGAUGAAGAUAAGGAUCCUUAUCCACCCAGUGAUGUGCCAGAUGAUGAUGAUGAUGAGCCAGAAAUACCAGUUGGACCUCGACCUCAAAGAUUGGCAGACUUAAACUUGAAGGAAAAAAUUGUGCCUAUUCCAGAAGGGAGUGCUUUCUUCAUAUUUAGUAAUACUAAUCCGAUCAGAGUGGCUUGUCACAGACUUAUAAAUCACCACAUCUUUACAAAUCUGAUCCUCGUGUUCAUUAUGCUUAGCAGCAUUUCCUUAGCUGCAGAAGAUCCUAUACGUAAUCAUUCCUUUCGUAAUAAUAUUCUUGGUUACUUUGACUAUGCUUUUACAGCGAUCUUUACUGUUGAAAUCCUGUUCAAGAUGAUGACAUAUGGAGCAUUUCUACAUAAAGGUUCCUUCUGUCGAAAUUAUUUCAACUUGUUGGAUAUCUUAGUUGUGGGUGUGUCACUUAUUUCUUUUGGAAUUCAAUCCAGUGCUAUUUCAGUCGUAAAGAUCCUUCGCGUCCUAAGGGUGUUAAGGCCUCUUCGAGCAAUCAACAGGGCGAAGGGACUCAAGCAUGUUGUUCAAUGUGUGUUUGUUGCUAUUAGAACUAUUGGCAACAUCAUGAUUGUUACAACUCUCCUACAGUUCAUGUUCGCUUGUAUUGGAGUUCAGCUGUUCAAGGGCAAAUUCUACCGUUGUACAGAUGAAGCAAAACAACUCCCUGAAGAGUGCAAGGGAACUUAUAUUCUUUAUAAAGAUGGCGAAGUAGAUCAUCCUGUAAUUCGUGAUCGAGUUUGGCACAACAGCGAUUACAACUUUGACAAUGUCCUUGCAGCUAUGAUGGCAUUGUUUACAGUAUCAACCUUUGAAGGCUGGCCAGCCUUGCUGUACAAAGCCAUAGACUCAAAUGGAGAAAAUAUUGGCCCCAUCUACAACAAUCGGGUGGAGAUUUCUAUAUUCUUUAUCAUCUACAUCAUUAUUAUUGCUUUCUUCAUGAUGAAUAUCUUCGUUGGUUUUGUGAUUGUCACAUUCCAGGAGCAGGGAGAACUGGAGUAUAAAAACUGCGAGUUGGACAAAAAUCAGAGGCAAUGUGUAGAAUAUGCUCUGAAGGCCAGGCCACUUCGCAGAUACAUCCCAAAGAACCCCUACCAGUAUAAGUUUUGGUAUGUGGUAAACUCAACUGGGUUUGAAUACAUCAUGUUUGUCCUCAUCAUGUUGAACACGCUUUGCUUGGCUGUACAGCACUAUGAACAAUCUCCAUUUUUCAACUACACAAUGGAUAUCCUCAACAUGGUCUUCACUGCCGUGUUUACUGUUGAGAUGGUUUUGAAGCUUAUAGCUUUUAAGCCAAUGGUUUGUGUGCCAAAAAAGGAGAGAUGGCUAGGCUAUUUUAGUGACUCCUGGAACGUGUUUGACUUCCUCAUCGUUAUUGGCAGCAUUAUAGACGUCGUACUUGGUGAACUUGAUCACUAUUUCGCUGAUGCAUGGAACACUUUUGAUGCCUUAAUUGUUGUUGGUAGCGUCGUUGAUAUUGCUAUCACAGAAGUUAAUAAUCUUGUUGAGCCUUUUUCAAAGCCAACAGAGAGCACCCCUACAGGGGAACCUGGGAGUUCAGAGGAAAGUUCCAGAAUUUCGAUUACUUUCUUCCGUCUCUUCCGUGUAAUGCGAUUGGUCAAACUACUGAGUCGUGGUGAGGGCAUACGUACAUUGUUGUGGACAUUUAUCAAGUCCUUCCAGGCUCUUCCAUAUGUUGCCCUUCUUAUAGCCAUGCUGUUUUUCAUCUAUGCUGUAAUUGGCAUGCAGAUUUUUGGCAAAGUUGCCUUGCAAGACCAUACACAGAUAAACAGAAAUAACAACUUUCAGACUUUUUUUCAGUCUGUUCUACUUCUUUUCAGGUGUGCCACUGGAGAAGCCUGGCAAGAGAUCAUGUUGGCAUGCAUGCCUGGAAGACGCUGUGACCCGGAGUCAGAAUAUGGUCCAGGAGAAGAGUUUACAUGCGGUAGCAAUUUUGCUAUUGUAUAUUUCAUCACUUUUUACAUGUUAUGCGCCUUUCUGAUAAUAAACUUAUUUGUGGCUGUUAUCAUGGACAACUUUGAUUAUUUGACACGUGAUUGGUCCAUUCUGGGUCCUCAUCAUUUGGAAGAAUUUAAAAGAAUAUGGUCUGAAUAUGAUCCAGAAGCAAAAGGGAGAAUAAAACAUCUUGAUGUAGUUACUCUACUUCGGCGUAUACAGCCACCACUGGGCUUUGGAAAACUUUGUCCUCAUAGAGUCGCCUGCAAGAGAUUGGUAGCUAUGAAUAUGCCCCUGAAUAGUGAUGGAACGGUAAUGUUCAAUGCAACCCUUUUUGCCUUGGUGAGAACAGCUUUGAAAAUCAAAACAGAUGGUAACCUAGAUCAAGCUAAUGAGGAGCUGAGAGCUGUUAUUAAAAAAAUCUGGAAACGAACUAGCAUGAAGUUGCUAGAUCAGGUGGUCCCUCCAGCUGAUGAUGAUGAGGUAACCGUGGGGAAGUUCUAUGCCACCUUCCUGAUACAGGACUACUUUAGGAAAUUCAAGCGACGCAAGGAACAAGGCUUGGUUGGAAAGCAACCCAGAAAGAAUACGACAGUUGCUCUUCAGGCUGGGCUUAGAACUCUGCAUGACAUUGGACCAGAAAUUCGUAGAGCAAUUUCAUGUGAUCUACAGGAAGAGGAUAUUAUUGAGGGGACUCAAGAAGAGGAUGAGGAUAUAUACAGAAGAAGUGGUGGCCUGUUUGGCAACCAUGUUAACCAUGUACCUGUAAAAGAACAAAACUUCGUCCAGCAAACAAAUGUUACACAGCGGCCUCUGCAGGUUAAACGACCCUCAACUCCACCAAUAACUGAUUCUGAAAAAUCACCACCUUCAUCCAACUUUGAGAAUUCCAUAUCACAUAACCAAUUUAAUCAUAGUUUUUCAGGAAAGGUAUCUCCAAAUUCCACUAAUGCUAAUCUCAAUAAUGCCAAUGUGUCCAAAAUUGCAAAUGGAAAGCACCCCAGCUCCUUAAAACAUAAGCAAGCCACUAGUAAAAAUUCCAACUCCGACACAUUGUAUGUUGAAAAGCCAAGAAGGUCGAGCAGCAGAAGAACGCGGUAUCAUGAAACUAACGUUAGAUCUGAUUCAGGUGAUGGUUUUGUGCCCACUAUUUCUCAAGAGGAACCAAAGCCAGAUGACUGGUUUGAGGAUGAACAUUAUUCAGGAGAUCAGGAAUAUUUUAGUGGGGAGGAGUAUUAUGAAGAAUACGGUACGCAGUCAGUGGAUAGACAAAUACAUAGUGACUAUCAGAAUCAAACUCAAAGUAAUGACCUGGAUUUUGAAAGACCAAAGGGUUACCAUCACCCCUGUGGUUACUAUGAGGAAGAUGAGCCUUACAGUUACGCUGGAUACCGGCGCUCACCAAGGCGACGAUUGCUUCCACCAACACCUAUAGCAAAUCGGAGGCCUUCCUUCAAUUUUGAGUGUCUGCGCAGACAAAAUAGUCAAAUUGAUGUCUCACUAUCACCUAUAUUCCAACAGCGAACUGCUCUCCCACUACAUUUAAUGCAACACCAGGUUAUGGCUGUGGCAGGAAUGGAUUCUUACAAAAGUAGAAGACUCUCACCAGCACGAUCAACACGGUCAUGGGCAACGCCUCCAGCUACGCCACCCAGCAAAGAGCGUUCCCCAUACUACACUCCUCUGAUCCGUGUAGAUCGUGUUGAAUCCAGAGAACAUAUGAAUGGUAAUCUUCCCUCGAUGAGCAGGAGCUCUUGGUAUACUGACGACAUUGACAUUCCUUACAAAAUCUAUACCCCAUCAAAUCUAGCUGUUCCCAAUAACUUUUUACAACGAUACUAUGAGAAACGAGGGAGUGCAGACAGUUUGGUAGAAGCUGUCCUAAUAUCAGAAGGUCUUGGCCGAUAUGCAAAAGAUCCAAAAUUUGUUUCAGUUACUAAACAUGAACUUGCAGAUGCCUGUGAUAUGACCAUUGAUGAAAUGGAAAGUGCUGCAAGCAAUUUAUUAAAUGGCAAUCUUCAUAAUGGAACUAGUGGGGAUGUGUUUCCUGUUAGAAACAGGUCUGACUAUGAACUACAAGAUUAUUACCCAGGAUACAGUGAUGAGGAGACAGACACUGGAAUAUAUGAAGAGGACCUAGGUGAUGAAAUGAUAUGCAUCACCUCUUUAUAGCAUACAUUUAAUAGAGUCAAUUAUAUAAAAAUGAUGGAAGUGCCUGACAGUCAAGGAAUUCUUAUGGCACUAGACAGACGAAGUGACCAGUAGAGUUUCUUCCAAGUGAUAGCACAAUGGUCUAAACUGAUGGCAAUCUGAUACUAUAACCUCCAUUUGUUGUCUGAUACAGCAGUGUGAUAUGAUCAGAACAUGGUCAUUCUAAAUAUGUGUGAAUCAGUCAAAAUCUAACAGCAAAUAAGUCAUUGAAGACCAAGGAGCGAAAAUCUUAAGAUGAAGUAAAGCCACAUUUUUACCAUUCAAGGCUAUCAUUUUUCCUCGGUCAGAAUGUCAUACAACUUAUAAUGUUGAACAAAGCACUGUAUUAUUUUUUGUGACAGUGCAUAAGGUGAAAGGGAAGUUAUUAAAAAGGUGAUGGCAAUCAAAGAUGACAGAUGUCAUUACCUCAGAAAUACACUUGGACUUACGGCUGAAAGCAAGUGUUAGCAUAUCAAAAGAUUUGAAACUAUCAAACAUAUCUUUUCACUUCAAGUUUUUUCAUGCAAAUAUGAACCAUUCUCAAUAGCUUUUUAAAAUCCUAGCAGAUCUGAGAAAAUAUCUUUUUUUAGGGGGGGUAUGGAAAAGUACAAAAUUAUUAAUGUUUUUUUCUGAAAUAUUUUGAGAGUUUACAUAGGAUAUAUCAUUUUUGUCUUACUGCAUCAUUUGCUAUUGUGGAGAGAAAACUCUGGUCAACCUACAUUGGAAACAGUAAUGGCAUUCAUCUUACCUUCAAAGUUAAUUAAAAGUAGUUUCCUUCAAUUACAAAUUAGAGAAAUUGUAUAUGGUUGUAACAUAAAGAUAACAAAUUUGUAUUUGUAAAGAGAUGUUCUAUAUUUUGUAAUCCUGGUACUGUAACUGAUAAUCAGCAAUAUUUAUGGCUCCAAAUUACUGUCAUUUAUUCUAUAGAUUAUUGUUAUUUUUUAAUAGAAGUACAAAUUCAUAAGUAAAUGUACUGAUAGAGCUGCCUUUUCUUUGAGUAUAAGUUUAACUUUAGAGUUUGUGCAAAGUCUGAAGUCAAAGGAAAAUCUUUGGCAAGAAAUUUUUAAUUAAGGUAAAAUAUAAAACUAACUUUACACAGGAUAUGCAAAGAUGAUUUACUUGCAUUCUUACUUGGAAUGACUAAUAUUUAAAAACAUUUAAAUCUUUAGUACACCUCCAUAUUUCUUUCUGAAUCAUUUAUAGCAGUUGACAGUUUUCAUUGCAACAUUCAUUUUACUAAAAGCUAGUUUACGGAAACAAAAUCAUUUGGGAUAAGUUUCAGUCUGCAUAAUCUGAGCAGCUCCUUUCAGUUUUUUUUAAUCUGGAUGGUUUUAAAAACACAAUCUGAGUUUUGCAUAUCUAGUAUAACACUUUCAUGGUAGACCAACUUGCAGUUAAGAUGUACAAUUAUGUCAUCCACUGAGGUUAGCUAUUAUAUUUUGGUUAGUGUAAUUAUUAGCAUUCCCAGUUUACUGCUGAGGGCUAUAACUGCAUGCAUCCCAAGAUAAAGUUCCUUUUGUGACUGUCCUUCAAAUUACAUUUAUCAGCAUAUGCAUCAGUAGUUUGAGUUUAGUUUAAACUAAACAUGCCCAUUUAUACACUUUAUUUUCAAUGCAUAAAAUACUUCACAGAGCAGGUUUUCUGAAUUAUCAAAUGAUGCUUUUUUUGCUAUGUACGUUUUCAGAAUUUUUAAUAUAUAUUUUAAAUGAUGGCCUGUUUAAAUUGCAGGUACAUCAUGAGUAGCAGCCACUAAAAUCUUUUAAACUGUAUGCAUUUUUAAACACUUCUAUAUAUUCUAUUAGUAACAAGAACUAAAACAGGAUAUUUUACCUCAGUCAGGGAUACAUAGGGUUUUAAAUUAUUUUUAUUUCAUACCCAGGGUAUUCUUGAUCUUCAGCAUGGCGGAAUAGCAACCUAUGAUUGCACAACUCUUUCCUUGUGUGCAACCUUCAUGACUACUUUUAUAUGAAGUAAGCCUUUUGUGUAGUAUGGUAUUUGUAUAUUCAGUUUCUAAGGUUGAUUAUUUUGUGAUUGUACGUAUGGUACAGUAAGGUCUGUAUGUGUAUUUUCCAUACCACCAUACCUAGUGCUGGAAAUGUAUAUACACAUAGUGUAUAUUUCUGUAAGACUGCAUUAAAUAUAUUGGCAUUGAAAUUCAAGUAAAAUCAAGUUAAUUUUUCAUGAGACAAGGCUGAACUGUCAUUACAGUGAAAAGUAUAGGUGACUCUUGGUCUUUCAAUACUUUUGCUUUAGUCCUAAAAGAAGUUGCUGUACUUCCACAUGAGAUUACUAUUAUUGAUUUUUCACAAAAAUACAAAAGUGAAUAUUUCAUUAGUUUGUAGCUUUUGUAAUAUUUGUUCUUGCAUACCCUUACCUAUCGUCAUGUACAAUGAAUCAUUAUUCUGACAUGCCUACCAUAUCUUAGAACUGCAGGUUUUGGAAAUCUGAAACAAAAACAGAAAGUGCCGGAGAAGCUCAAUAAGACCAGCGGAAGCUGUGGAGAAAAGAAGUUACAUUCCAAGUCCAGUGACCCUUUUGACCAAAGAUCACUGGACUCAAAACAUUAACUGUUGUUCUCCUCACAGAUGCUGUCGAAUUUGCUGAGUUUCUCCAACAUUUUGUUUUUGUUUCUGCCACAUUUGAUAUUCUUUAAGGUGUCCGCUAACUCAUGUUUGGGUUGUACACACUAUAACUUAUUUAUCUUAAGGAACAAAAUACAUUGAUAAGUUAUCCUGUACAAAGUAAACAAGUAAUUAAAAUGUGUCCCAGAAAUUAGCCAUAUGCUACAUCGGUCAUGGUACUUCAAAUGUUGAACAUUAUUUGUACAUUAAGCAUGCACAAAAUCAAUUAAAAGUGAUGCAGCGGUUUAAGGAUACUGUUUUGUUUAAUUUGGUAUGGUUGAAUUUAUUUUAAUAGGCUCAGGAGGAAGGUACUUUCAAGUCUGAUACAAUUCUUCUUCUUACCUUCACCAUUCCAAAGAAGAGUCAUAUCGGACUUCAAAAAUUAACUCUUUUCUUCACAGUCG